UAUCUUGUUAGUAUACAAUCGGAUAUUUGUUGAAGAAGUUGACAUUCGUUUUUUGUUAGAAAUAUACAAAUUUUUUAAAUAUUUUUGAAAAUAAUUUGGUGAUAAUAAUACUUAAAGAUGCUGAUUACCUCUUCCAUUAUUUUAGAUUUAGUAUUGAUUCUUCUAGUAGGCAUAUACUUUCUCUUUAGAUAUACGUCUAAAAAGCACAAGUAUUUUGAAAAAAUUAGUGUGUAUACACCAAAGAUUCAACCCAUCUUUGGUCAUUUUCUAGACAUAGUAUUAUUAAGAACAACCUUAGCAGAAUGGCUAAAAUAUUAUUACGAUCGCGUAGAUAAGCCAUUUUUCGGAUUAUACGUUUUCGAUGAUCCGUAUUUUGUAAUUAAGGAUGCUGACAUUGUUAAAACUAUAUUGGUUAAGGAUUUUAAUAGUUUUGUCGAUCGAAAUAUUGCUGCUCCAGAUUUUACCCCGCUUACAAAGAACAUGAUGUUUUUACAAAAAAGUCCGGCUUGGAAAAAUGACAGAGCCAAAAUGACAGUUGUGUUUUCUUCAGGUAAACUGAAAGGAAUGUUUCCAUUAAUCAAAAAAUCUGUACGGGACAUGACCAACUUUUUACAGAAAAACAGGAAAGUUAUGGAGGCAAAAGAACUGGCAGCAAAAUUUAGUACUGACGUCAUAUCUCAAUGUGCUUUUGGGAUUGAUUCUCAUUGUUUCGACGAAAGACCUUCAUUAUUCAGAAAUUAUGGUAGACAAUGCUUCGAGUUUUCUCUAAGGAACGCUUUUGCCCAAACGAUAUAUUUUUUUAAACCAAGUUGGGUUGAACGAAUGAAACUAGAAUUUAUACCGAAAGAUGCAAUGACCUAUUUUGCUGAAGCCUUCACCAAAACGAUGAAAUCUCGUACAAAUAACUCUACUUUCAACGAUUUAAUUGAUAUCCUGAACGACUUAAAAGAGAAAAAAGAGCUAAGUCAAGAAGAUGAUGUCGUGCUUUCUGCUAUAUCAAUACAAUUUUUCCUUGCUGGAUAUGAAACAACUAGCAGCGCAAUUUCUUUUACUCUUUAUGAGUUAGCUAAACACCCACAUAUUCAAGAAAAGUUAAGAGAAGAAAUAAAGUCAGUUUUAAAAAAAUAUGGAGAUAUUACUUAUGAAGCUAUUCAAGAAAUGUCGUUUUUGGAGAUGUGCCUUCUCGAAACAUUAAGAAUGUAUCCGGUGCUUCCAUUUUUGGAAAGGAAAUGCAACUCUGAUUAUACCAUACCAAAUACGAAUGUGGUAAUAGAGAAUGGUACAUGUGUGCUAUUUCCAAUUUAUGGUCUACAAACGGAUGAAUCUAUUUUUCCAAACCCAUUAACUUACACACCAGAAAGGUUUAAGGACAACUAUUAUAACUUACGUGGUUCAUAUUUUCUUCCUUUUGGAGAAGGCCCUCGAGGAUGUAUAGGGGAACGAUUCGGAAAAAUUAGCGCUAAGAUGGCCAUCAUCACGGCUUUAUUAAAUAGUAACGUGACACUUUGUAAGCAGUCACCGAAUCCUGUUCGAUUCGAACCUAAAAGUUUCCUGUUGCAGUCUACUGUUGGUUUACCAUUAAUGUUUAAUCCCAUAUAAUUUAAGCAAUAAACUAAAAAUUAUU